AUGUCAUUUGGACAACUACUCAAAUUCGCACUUCUGUCGAUUGGAUUCAUACAGCCAACAAAAGAGGUGCCGACAUCGGAAUGCCCAAUCCAGUGUCAUUGUGUUCCUAAUCGAAUGAGUUGCGAGAUUCCUGGACUAAGGCGACUUCCAGAACCAUAUAUGCCCCAGCUGGAGUCCCUGCUCGUCGAGAAUCAAACGUUGGAUAGCACUCAUUUGGGACCUACAGAACUGAGCGUGUACAGAACUCCGGAAUUCGGAGGGCAGGUUCGGUUGAAAAGUUUGUAUAUUCGAUGGUGCAACGUACGCACUAUCGGCCGUCAUGCAUUUGAAGCACUGGGUUCGAAGCUAGAAAUAUUGGACUUGAGUGGAAAUCCACUAACACAUAUCGGUGACUACGCUUUCGCCGGACUUGGACCUCUAACUCUCGUACUCGACCGAAUUGAUCAACCCAAAUUUGAUGAUCACACAUUCGCAGGGUUAACCAAAAUGAAGAGCUUAUUAAUGCGACACUCAAAAUUGGUCAGUCUACCUUAUCAACCUUUGUUAUCGUUGGUUAGCGAGCAACGACUGGACAAGCUUCUACUGAAAGGGAAUAGAUUUCACUCGUUAGAUAGUAAAUUUGAUCGCAUAUUUUCUGGUCUGCAUGAUUUUGAAAUCAAUGGAAAUCCGUGGCAUUGUGACUGUCAGUUGACUUGGCUCAUCCGCCGCUACCGGUUAAUGGUGAAUAAUCGGGCACAAAUACAUAUUUCACGGAAACGCAGCUGGGACGAUAGCAAUUCCAUAAACAUGUGGGAACAGGAAGACAAUCAACCCAAAUGUAGCUCUCCUCCUGGGCUUUCAGGUCGUAAUUUCAGUGAUUUGAUCACGGAUGUAUACGAUAUGCAUGAAAGUCGAACAAAUUUAAUGGGCAUCACAGGCUGGCCAACUAUAAUUCACUGUCCACCACCACAACUGGAGCGCUUGGAUGUGGAUCUGGGAAAGUAUCUCGCCCUCCUGCAAACGGAAAAUUCGAACUCUCUUUUGAAUGACGUCAAACAAUCAGCUGUGAAUUUGAAGUGCGUAAUGAGAGGUUCCAAGCAACUAGUGGUUGAAUGGCGCUAUCAUGAUCCAACUACUGGCCCGAAAAUUAUUUCCGAGAUGAACGCUAGCUUACCUAGUGCCAAUGAAGCAUUAGGUAUACAGCAAAGGAACAGACGCCUAGAUGACUUUGUUCGAACCGAAUCAAGUGUGAAGGUAUUUCCGGUUUCGCAAUCAGACACAUAUUCCUGCUUGGGAUAUGAUGUACUCGGCAACGUAUCUGCAAAGGUUCGGGUACUCUGGCCUCCUACAAUUCCUAAUGUUUCAACUAAAAUGGAUAUUUCCUCAACUCUAGCUACACCAAACACCACUCCAGAAAUUGCCAACAACUUCUGGUCAGCGGAAGACAUCAUGUCUUCGCAAUCAGUGUUGCACCUCCCACAAUUCAGUUUAAGCCAACUGUUGGGAGCGAUUGGAGGCACUUUCUUCUCGACAGUGAUGUUAUUCUUCCUUAUACAUCGUUGUCUUCACUACUAUCCGGCAGUCUGUGGAGUGCAUAAAGGACGCCGGAGGACUAAAACAAAAACGCGAAUAUUAGAAUCUGUGAUUAUUUCACCAGCCAACACUUCUUCGUCCAACACAUCUACGUCCAACACAAAGCUGGGAUCAUCUCCUAAAACCGAUGAGCAGUACUCAUCCAUGCCUAUAUUUGUUUCUUCCGAAGCGAUGUCUCUCACUGCAAAUAUGCUAAACGCUCAUGCCUACCACCAGUUGAUGAAUGGUGGGAAUAAUUUGGUUCCCGGUUCCACAGCGAAUGUUAUCAAUCCAUUCAUUCACCCCAUGGAAUCACAUGCUUUUAGGACUGCUAUGCAACGUGGAAGUAGCUUGCAUUCUGCUUCUACAUCCUAUGAACCGGUAGUCUAUUCAGAUGCCAACAAUAUCACUUACGAUGUACCUUCUGUGUUGAACAGGAGAGAUAAUGAUGUUCUAAGACCAUAUCCUGAGCAAACUUUGCCUCUGUUAUUUAACAGUAUGUUGCCAAGCACAAACGCACCAAUGGAUGUACAAAUAUCUCGAAACCCUGGGCUGAUUCAGUCAGCCCUGAUGAUUCCACCGCCACCAUCCAUACCACAACCAUCUUUACCUAACAACUCAAACACAGCCAAUUUGAAUAACGCAUUCAACCGAGCGCCAUCAACUGUCACAAAUCUGCUUGUUCUUCAAGCUAGCUGCAACCCUGUGCAGUCGGACAUAAUGACGUUGAAUCAGCGUAAGGGCGUGGAUAUCACAGCAUGUCAUACAAACUUUUCAAGAUGA